CAAGAAAAGACCUGCAAACUCUCCUUCAGCGCCAUGGAUUCCUCCAUCGAUUUCUCUCAACUACAAGGCGCUCUCGCCUCCGAAUCCUACGAUAAGAUCGCAGACAUCUGCGACGAGCUAAUGCUGCAGGUUGCCUCCAAGGGAGUCGCAUUCGAGAUCGAGUGGCCGUACGCGAUCCAUCUCUUAGGUCACUUUUACAUCAACGAUCUGAAUAGCGCUAGGUUUUUGUGGAAAUCGAUACCGAGUCAUGUCAAAGAGGCUCAGCCAGAGAUUGUGGCAGUUUGGAAGAUUGGGCAAUGUCUCUGGACUAGAGAUUAUGCUGGUGUUUUUGGCGCUGUUCAUGGUUUUGAAUGGAGUGCAGAUGUUGCUGGCAUUGUGACUGCCUUCUCAGAGAGCUAUACCAAGCGAAUGUUCCAGCUGCUGCAGUCUGCAUAUUCAACAAUUACGGUUGCUGAUGCAGCCCAUUUUAUGGGGAUGAGUGAAGAUGAUGCCACAAAAUAUGCACUUCAACAUGGCUGGACUUUAGAUUCAUCCUCCAACAUGCUUACGGUGAGGAAACCGAUUGUCGUCAAGCAGCAGAAAUUAGACCCCAGCAAAUUACAGCGCCUUACUGAAUACGUUUACCACUUGGAGCACUGAUUUUCUUCCCUGUGAAUUCUCAAGAAAAACCCUUCUUUUUGUGCCUGAAGGUGUAUGGCUUAUUACCCCUUUUUACUUAAGAAUGAUACUUUGAUUUUGGAAGAGAGAAAUAUUCAGGAAACUAAGCAGAAUUUUCUUCUCAUGUUGAUGGUUUGAGGAAUUGGUGCUAAUGUUUUACUGUGCACAAUGAAUGCAAUUGUUUGUAUCGAUGCGGCUUUGAAAGAGUUUAA